AAUCCUUUUGUUCCCUCCUUAUUCUUGUUUGUGUUGAUGGAAUCCCUGCAAUUCAAACCAGAGUUCCCCCAAAAUCAGUUGCAUUUCAUGAACAAACUCCAUCCCAAUCUCAAUCUCAAUCUCAAACCCACCACCAUUUCCUUCAUUCACAUCAGGGCCUUCUGUGCUUCUUCAUCUUCUCCAAUCCAAACCAAAGUUCGGCGCAAGGUUAAGGCUUCUGAAUCUGAUGCUCAACUCAAGGAGAAUUGGUUGGCUUCACUCUCUUACCCGAAUCGUUUGAAUGAAGAGCAGGACCUGACCCGCAAAAACGAUGCCUCCGAAUGGAUCCUCGGAAUCGACCCGGAUGUCUCUGGUGCUGUGGCGCUGUUGAAAACCCAUGAUUCUGUUUGCUCACCUCAGGUAUUUGACUCUCCUCAUGUGCAAAUACUUGUUGGCAAAAGAACACGGAGACGUUUAGAUGCCAAGUCUGUCGUUGAGUUGGUUCGCAGUUUUGAUGCUCCACUUGGAACCACAGCAUAUAUAGAGCAGUCACUCCCUUUUCCACAAGAUGGGAAGCAGGGCUGGUGGAGUGGAGGAUUUGGGUAUGGGCUAUGGAUUGGGAUCUUAGUUGCUUCAGGGUUUUCAGUUGUUCCAGUGCCAUCUUUUACUUGGAAAGCAAAAUUUGAACUUUCUGGAAGCAGGAUUUCAAAGGAUGAUAGCAGGAGAGUUGCAGCCACAUUAUUUCCAUCAGUUAGUUCCCUAUUACUUAGGAAAAAAGAUCACGGAAGAGCUGAGGCUUUACUGAUUGCUGCAUAUGGCAAAGACCAAAAGAAGAAUAGCUUGGAAGGAACCUUGUCACACUAACUUUGACAAAUUGGAAACUUCAAUUUUUUAUAUAUUUUUGACCUUCACUCCCGCCCUACUUCUCCCUUUCUUUCCCUCCUGUCCAUUAAUUUAACUACCAAUUUGUAAUUGUCCCAAAUACUGUUGAACUAUAUUUCAGUGUAUAUAUUAACUUGCUUUUUGUCAAUGUUGUUUUCUUGAUCUUGCGGGUUUUCACUACCGGGAAAGGUCUGUUUUCUUGUUGGGUUUGUUGUGUCUUGAUAGGAUUCCUUUCUGUACCGAAUGGAGGCUUCUUCCCAAUGGUUGGCUAGUGCUCGUUUUGGUUAUUGGUUCUAGGUGUUGUUUGUUGGGCUUGAAGCCUGCGUUCAUGCUGGUAGGGUUUUUGUUGGGUGAGAUCUUGUCUAGCGAAGGGUUGUUAAUGACGGAUAGCGUAACGUAGCGGCAAGCCCAAAAAACGCUAUUUCGAACGCUAUUGCGGCAAAUAGUGGACAAUAGCGGCAAAUAUCAGUGAAAAGUGGAGUAGCGGUGAAACCCAGAGCGCUACGCUAUAACUCUAUUGCAAGCUUGGUCUAGCGAUCAAUGGUUCUUUAGGACUGUUUGCUUCUUGGUCGUUUUAUCUUUCAUGGUUUGUUUUUGUCGGAUCUGCAUUGUAAACCGUGGCUUGUUGGAGUUUUGUACUUGACAAUAAAGAUUGUGCCUAUAUCAAUAUAAAUCAUUUUCCCUUUGAAAAAAAAACAUUUCCAAA